AUGACAUAUCGGGGGAAAACGUGGUCCUACCUCCCUACAGUAUCAGAGGGCUCGCUCAGUCAUCCGCACAACAAACCACCAUUCAGCUUUGUACUGUGUCGCCCCGCGACUUUCAAAUCAUUGCAGCAGCAUGCGCCGAUAGUUACCGCUUGCGAGUCUGUGAUCUUCCGAAGGGCAACUAUCAUGCCCUCUCUACUCGUCGUCAUCUUCGUGCUGGAGGUGUUCUCCCAUCUGGUCAACACCAUCGGCGCUGCUACCAUCAACAAUCUGCUGUGGACAUUGCUCAACUACCUCCCUAUCUCGACUUCGAAAGCUGCGAAGCAGCACCGGCAACUGCAGAUCGAGUUCCUAAAGACGCGAAAGGAGCUGAAUGCAACCAGCAGCCAAGACGAGUUCGCCAAGUGGGCGAAGCUUCGUCGUACCCACGACAAGCAGCUAGAGCAGCUAGAGAAGAGCAAGCAAACUCAAGAAGCCGCGAGAUCCAAGUUCGACACCUACCUGACCGGCUUUCGAUGGCUCCUCACUAAGGCGCCGCAAUACGGACUACCCUUCUGGUACUCCAAGGAGCCCAUGUUUUGGUUACCCUACGGGUGGUUCCCCUACUACGCCGAGUGGAUUUUAUCGUUCCCCAAGGCCCCAAUUGGCAGCGUCAGUAUUGCGUCGUGGCAGUUGGCGUGCUCGGGCAUGGUCACGCUUGUCGUCGAGAUGGUUGUUUCGGUCGUAGGUUUCGCCCUCGCAGCGAAGCAGAGCAAGGCAUAUCCGGUGAAGGUCCCCGCAGGGGCAGGGAAGGCUGAGACUGUGGCUGGCCUGGGUGAGAAGGGGAAGAAGGAAUUGUGAUAAACUCAAUGAAAAUCGCAAUGCGCUCAAAAAAUGGGCAUCUAACCUUUUUGGGCACUUGCUGGGCCCUCCUGUGUCAUCAGCAAGAACCAUACUUGGUUAUCAGAUUCAAUAGCAGCUAUUGUUUAGCUGUUUUAGGUGCCUGAUAACAAACAUUGAGAUGCAGCGCUAGGACCAAAUCUUGCAAUCCCCAUUCAGGUUCACGUCAAUCUUUCAGGGUAUCUUACAUGUAGUUAAAGCUGGCAGUACCUUCUAUCAAGUUUGUACGAAAAAACCAGCAUAAUUUCAGCGAUGAUAGAAAAAGCCGCUCAGGCGUCCAGAAAGGCCAUGCUCUGUCUGGCGCGUAGAGCAAAAAUAGUACCGUGGCGGCAAAAGGAUCAAGAUACCGGCACCAUAGGUCUGGUAAUCAAUCAAACGGUGCGUAGCUUUUGACAGCCAUCUGGAACAGCUUUCUCAGGGCCGGUGUCUGUGGCAGGUCGCUCGUCAAGCUAAAAGCGCUAGCGUACCGCUCUGGUCUUAACUGCAGCAAAUGUCAACGAAUGUCUAGCAAGCGACCUGCAUUUUAGACAUCGUCAAGGCAAUGGAAUGUAUCUCUUUGUAAAUUGACGCAAAGUUCUUAAUGGCAAACGCUAAGACUUUGUAACACGACGGAGAAUGACCCUUGGCAGGGUACUUUGGGGUUUGCUCUAGGCGUCAUAUUGACUUUGAUUGACCAUAGAUGUCCUUGCGGACCGCCAACAAAGCUUCGAAAGCGCCAUCUUCAUGAUUACUGUUUGCAAUGUUUUGGUCAGUAAAAGACCCGUAUGAGAUCGGCUCUUCUAAGCUCGAGUCCACCGAGUUCGCCGUCAAAUGAAACCCCAAUCAGGCUAACAUCAUGUUUGUGCGAAAUAGCGACGGCAGUUUGUCUUUGUGGCGAAACGCGACGCGGACGAGGAAAACACAGCUUCGAUUUUGAAGGUGUCUUGCGACUGCAAAAGAGCAACGAGCGUAAUGUCUCGUGCCUC